AUGGACGAGGAACUUGCAGCUGGUCUACAGGGUGAGCUUGAUAUGUGUAACGGGGCGUUGGAAAGUCAUGCGCUAUCCAUGAUGCCUUCUCAUCAGGGAGAUCGGGGCCAAUCGAGCAGUCGACGUCGGAGUGCAGAGUCCUUGUUAGCUCAAGUUUUGGCAGCGUUGGAUUUGCGUAAUCAGGGACAUUUUAAGCGUCAUGCCAUGAAGUUUUUGCGUUGUGUGCCAGAAGACUUGCAAGAAAUGUUACGAAAUCAUUUCGAGAAGCACGGGGCGAGCAGGAGCCAAGUGAAUCGCGGAGGCCUCUUUCUGGAUCUUGCACUUUUGUUGGAGCAUCGUUCACGGAUGGAGCGGCUUGGGCCGGUGGUGCGAUAUGCGUGGGGGGAUGCGACCAGCAAAGGCGGCCGAGAGAUCUACAACACACGAUGUCGUUUCAUAGAAGUGUCAAAAUUGGUGCAGCUCGCACGUGGCUGGAAGUUUUUGUGCUUGAACCCAGCUUCGGCUGAUCAAGAUGCAGAGCAAGCAGAGCAACGUUAUAAUCAUUCGCAGGCAUUGUUUGACAGUGUUCAUUUGCACACACAUGUCCCCCAGUACCUCGGCCAAGGCCGCGCGACGUUGCUUGACAAAGUCAGUGCACAUGUGCAUUCCACAUUGUUAGAAGCUGGCACAGUUUCUGCGAUGUCGGGCGUGUUAGAUAGCGUCGUGGCGUGGGUCACUGAUAUGGGUGUGGAAUCUGGGCUUCCAAACUGUCAUGUGAGCACUCCAGAGUCAACCUUGCCAUCCUUUGUUCGUCCUCGUCGACUUCAGGUGUGUCCAGAGGAUGACGAGUUUGUUGAAGAAGGGUUCCAUGAGAUGCAGGGAGAGGCUGCCUCGAAUACUGCCCUGAUGCCAGCAGCCAUUCAUCUGCCAGGCGUGUGUCAUGCAGUUCACAAUGCAAGUGCAAACUUGAACUCAGCGUUGUCUUACUUCGAUGAUUUUAUGAGCAAGCUGCGUGUUGUACACAAGUUCUUGGGAUCACCGAGUCGAAGGGAGCGUUUCGUGGAGGUGGUUUUGCAAGGCAAGCCGAGUUACAAUGUGGGCAAGAGUAUCUUCAAAUCAUUUACCAAGACACUGUAUGAGGAGCGAUGGGGCGAAGUGGCCUCGUAUUUGAGUUCUGCUCAGUCUCUUUUCACUUUUCUGAGGUUACAUUGGGAUGAAACUGCGUAUGUCCGGGAUGCGGGGGGCGAUGCGGACGUUGCAAGUGCAGAAGAUAACUUCUCAGCAAGUGGUUUGACAGCGUUGAUAAAGGAUGGGUUCUUCCAUGGCUACUGGGAGAUGCAGCUACAUAUCCGCACUUGUUUGCAGCGGUUUUUGCGUUGGGCCGAAGGCUGUUCUUGCCAUCCUUUUGCAGAUGGCACCCCGUACACCCGAGAGACCAAACUGCGAGGUGAGAUUUCUUGCCCACGUGAGGUACCUUGCACCUGCCCCAUGAUGGGCUGCCAAGCGCCAUUCCUUGUUGAGGGGAAGUUGCAAAGUUUCAGGGAAGAGUUGCUGUCCACGGGUUUUAACGAUGUAGUGUUGCACUGCCAUUGUCAGUUGACUGCAGUGCAGUGGAGUGAUCUGGAAGCUGAGUGGAAGCGUGGGUGCCAGUACUUGUGUGAAAAUCUCAAGCUGCGGCUGGCUUUCUUCGGGAAGCUGCCGUGGUCCAUCUUAGGAGGUUGCCAUCCGGAUCCCGAGGUAUCAAGGAGAUUGCUUGCUGCGGCCAGGGAUGCAUGGAACGAUCUGCCAGCCGAUUCCCACGAGCUGCAGCACCCAGUUGCUAAGCAAUUGUUCAAGGCUAGCCUCAUGGAGGACGAACUUGACUCUUAUUUGAAAGGGGAAUCAGCUUUGGAGGAUUUGCCACUUCUAGAAACAUUCUUGGCGAAGCUUACCUUUGUGCAAGUGGCGGAGCGUAUCAUAGAAGGUGCACACAAGGAUAUGGGCCAGGUGACUAAUUCCAAAAGCCCAUCUGCACUGUCGAUAGCGCUUCGGGCCCCUGAGUUGAAUCGCAGGUUGUCUCUCAGCUCAACUUUUUUUGCUGAUCUGGUUGAGGCUUUUGAGAAGAGUCGAAAGAUUCGUAGAUUUCGCGAAGAGUUUCCUGCCCAUGCCCAGCAUCCGGACAUCUUAUCCUUGGACAAGAAUGCUCAAACAUCGAGGUUCGUUUCUGUGGUGAGACGUGUCCUCUAUCGUGACUCACGUCACCAGCAUGCCGACCUUUCAACAGCCAAAGCAAAUCUUCAAGAGGGAAGAGGGGAACAGGAUAGACUAGCCAAGCCUUUCGCUGCAGCAGCUCCCAAGGUGUCAGAGGCAACAAUCAUUGCCCGUGCUGUACAUGCGUUCGUGCAGGAAAGGUGCGAGGAAGAUCAAUCUCGUGUUUUCUCGAUUGGAGACAUGUUCUUCACACCUCUUGUGUUGCGGCCGUCAGCUAUUCGUCGGCCAAGGCAUGCCCCGGGGGUCCAGGCCGAUGUCGGUCGUGGGGAUAUGUUGGUGUCUGUCCUGCAACACGAUGCUACGUCUCAAGGUCCUCAUUCCCCUUUUGUCUCGCCGUUGCAAUCAGAAGCACAUAAGCUGAAUCUGGAGACAAAGGUUGAAGAAAUGGGAGUGUCAGAUUUCUUGGAAGGGUUCCGGUCGUGGCAGAUGAGUAGCUCUCGCCAUUUCACGUUGCCCCUGCCUGCAGACGUGCGUGUGGAUGUUAGCCGCAGGCUGGAGCAGCCAAGCCCGUUUGGUGACAGCCGUGGCACCCCGUUGCAGGAUUGCUCGCUAGGCCAGCUACUUAUUCGAAUGAGGUCAGAAGGUUGGCAGAUGCAUCCCAAACCCAGAGCCAAGAAAGGUGCGGUGCUGAAGUACAUUGUCGGUGAGCCGCGUGUUUGGCAUUCGUCUGUGUGGAAUGUAAACAAAAAUUAUCUGUGCUGCUUAUUAGAUGCUGAGAACUUGAAGCACACUCACGGCACCGAGUGGAUACCACAUGCCGCCCCGGCCAAGACCUACGAGCUCCUUCUGUCGGGAGUACCCUCGUCAGAGGCUUUGCAGACUGCCUUGGAGGAUGUCGCCGCGAAGAGGAAGGCACCCAGGUUGCAAAUAAUGGACGGAGAUGUUGAGGGGGACUUCGCGGCCGCGCCGGUCAGCAAGAGAGCUCGGAACGCUUUGAAGGACCGGGCUCAGGAUGUUCCGGACUUAGGCGAGGAUCGUCCAGAUGAGGACAAGGCCAGUGUUUGCACAGAGGAAAUUCAAGAAGAGCUGGAGCGAUUGAUCGCAACAGGGGCCGACGAGGGCGAAGCUGGGGUUGCAUUGGGUGCAGAAGAAGGUGGUGCGGCAGAGGCAAGUUCAAGUGCUGCCGGGUUGGUCGGAGCACCUGCGGCUCCAGUGCCAGGAGCAGGGUCUUCUAUCGAGCCUGUUCCAGCAGUUCCAGCUGGUGCAGGGAUCCUUGAUGCCGCAAGUGUGGCAAAUGACCUUAGUUCGGCAAGCUUGUUGGCUGGCACCGUGGCUCGCCUUCAAGAGCGUAACAGUGCAGGCUAUGGUGCUGGCUUUUCAUUCAGUAGGAAGCAGCCCCACUCUGCUCCACCUUUCGGUGGAGUGGAGGCGAGUUGUAGGUACCAUCGCAAGAACAGUACUACUGGCUGCAAGAAGUUCCUUAGAUUGAAUGGCCUGUCCGCCGAAGCCGAGCAGGAGUGCUAUGUUGCAUUAGCCCACUGGUGUAACAUGGCCACGAGGUAUACGAGGCAGCGUGACCAUCUCCGCAUGCCCCUGAAACCAGAAGAUAUCCCUCCAGCUGCCGUUGUGGAGCAGCAGACUCUCCUUGAUCCACCGCCGGAUCGUGUGCAAACGGACAAAGAAUUGGAUGAUGCAGAAGCUGCAGCGAAAUCCAAGGCCAAGGCUAAAGCCAAGACCAAGGGCCAGGCCAAAGUCAAAAGUAAAGCAAAAUCAAAGCCGAAAGCCAAGGCAAGCUCGGCUUCCGCUNNGGGCCUUCCAUUGCAGGUGCUCCUGCCCCUGCCGCUGGGGGCGACGAAGCUGCUUCAGAUCCCGAAAGCAGUUCAAGCAGUAAUGCUGAGUCUGAGUGUGCCGAAGGCAGCAGCAAUAGCAGCCGUAGCAGCAGCAGCUCCAGUUCCAGUAGUUGACUUGUUCCGUCUUCGCCCGAGCACAGCGGAUGGAGGCCAGCCCCAGAUUUUGCUUGUUGCCGUCUUGCAUUCUGACAGUAUAGAGACUUGUUGCUUCAAUGUUCUGUGUUGA